UUUAAGCUCUCACCUCUCCCACCUUUCUCUUUGAUUCUUUCCUUCGUGUAAGAAUCCACUCUCACAUAAUAUUAUAUUUAUUAUAUGAUACAAAAAAAAACAACAACCCAUAUCUCCCUCGGUACAUCACAUCAUUUUUUCAUCUAUUCUUCGUUUUGUUUUCCUUUCUACAAAUUUUGUUUCCGGGGUCUUUCGAUCACUUUUGAUCGAAAGAAAGCCGAUCGAAAGACCCUCUAGUGUCCGUCAUUAGCAGUGACAGAUCCAGAAACUUUAUAUUAUGUAGGCCUACAUCAACCUGCAUACAUACGUACAUGGUUGCAUAGGCCAGGACUUAAUUUAGAAAGAUAGAAAACACAAAAAAAAAACAUUGUUGUUCAGAAUUUGAAACAUGUCAGUGGCGGAUGUUGUUGCUGUGAGUCCGAUUUGCAACGAAUCGGCGGCACAUUGGCACGAGCGGAUAGGCCACUGCUCCGGCGAAUUAAUCCUGAUAUACCUCACCGUCGACGGAGCCGUCACGCCAAUGCGUGUGUUGGAGUCUGAUUCCAUCGCUUCAGUGAAGAUGAGGAUUCAGAGAUCAUGCAGAGGGAUCGCAGGGAACAACAACAACAGCAACAACAACAAGCACAAGCUGGUUUCCGGUGGCAGGGAGCUAGCUCGGAACAACUCACUCGUCAAGGACUACGGCGUAACCGCCGGCAAUGUUCUCCACCUGGUUCUGCGUCUCUCCGACAUGAUCUUCAUUGUCGUGAGGACCACCUGCGGCGAGGAAUUUGAGUUUCAGAUUGACCGGCAUAGGAAUGUGGGGUACCUUAAGCAAAGGAUCAAGAAGGGGAAAGGUUUCAUCGAUCUUGAGGAUCAAGAGCUUUUCUGCGGCGGCGAGAAGCUCGAUGACCAGAGGCUCUUCCGUGACAUUUGUGAGAGUGAUGAUGGUGUCAUUCAUCUGAUUGUGAAGAAAUCAGCAAAGGUUAAGGCCACAUCAGUUCACAAAGAUUUGGAGCUUUCAGUUGUGGCAGAGAAUCACCAGAUAGCAAAUUCAAAUGGAAAUGCCGAACCUGGUGUUGAUUUCUUGUUAGAGCCAAUUUUUUUGGACCCUAAGAUCAAUUUUUUUCCUUUCCUUUGGGACUUGAUCAACUCCACUUGCAGUGGUUUGGAGAAAGGUAACCACCCUGUGAGGUCUUCUGAAGGAACAGGUGGGACUUACUUCAUGCAAGACUCAGAAGCAAUGGAGUAUGUUUCAGUUUUUAAGCCCAUGGAUGAGGAGCCAAUGGCGGUGAACAACCCGAGAGGUUUACCGGUUUCGACCGACGGUGAGGGUUUGAAGAGAGGGACAAAGGUGGGAGAAGGAGCUGUGAGAGAAGUUGCAGCCUAUAUAUUAGAUCAUCCUAAGGCUGGGCCACGUUUGGAGUCAGGUGAGGCAAUAGGCUUUUCUGGUGUUCCUCCUACAGUUAUGGUUCAGUGCCUGCAUGAAGCUUUUAAUCAUCCAGAUGGGUAUGAGGGCUCAAUGAAGGACUCCAAGAUGGGGUCAUUGCAGAUGUUCAUGAAUAAUGAUGGAAACUGUGAGGACAUUGGGCCAGGGGCUUUUUCUGUGGAGGAGGUGCAUAAGAUCACUGUGCUUGAUAUCAGAUUGGCUAAUGCAGACAGACAUGCUGGAAAUAUAUUGUUCAAGAAAGAGGAUGGUGGCAAGACUGUGCUCAUUCCAAUUGAUCAUGGAUAUUGUUUACCUGAGAAAUUUGAAGAUUGCACAUUUGAUUGGCUUUACUGGCCCCAAGCAACCAAGCCAUACUCUCCAGAUACAGUUAAUUACAUUAAUUCUCUGGAUGCUGAAAAUGACAUAGAACUCAUGAAGUAUUAUGGGUGGGAUGUUCCAGUUGAGAUUGCGCGAACACUCCGCAUCUCCACAAUGUUAUUGAAGAAAGGUGUUGAGAGAGGUCUCACUCCCUAUGCCAUUGGAAGCAUUAUGUGCAGGGUAGACAUGAAUAAGGAAUCUGUAAUUGAGGAGAUUAUCAAUGAAGCUCAGGAGUCCUUGCUACCUGGCAUGGGGGAAACUGAUUUUCUGGAAGUUGUAUCCCAGAUCAUGGAUUCCCGCCUCGAUGAUGUUUCCAAAUAGGCUUUCAGCACGUUUGGAUUAGCUUCUCUUUCAUCAGAAUCAAUUCUAGAAGAGUUUCCAAAUGUGCAACUUUUCUGAUUAAUAGGUAUACUAUACUAUAUAUAUAUAUAUAUAUUUGCAUGUAUUGAGUGAAUUUGGUCCAUAUUUGGAUGGACUUACAAAAUGGUGAUGGCUAGAGGUGUUGUGGACAUAAUCAUAUAGGUAUGAAGCGAUUUUCCUAUCUCUCACCCAAUCACUUGUUUUCAGGAUUGUAUUGCCAUGUUGUUGAACAGAUGUACUGAAUAAGAUGUACUGUACUGAGAUUUGGAGUAUCUUAGGGUUGUAUGAGAGGGUUGACACAGGAGCUGGACAUGUCUCGUGUACAUAAAAUUUAAAAGACAUUUUGCUCCUUACCCUGCAUCCUUGUUAAGGAGAUGUACCACGCUAUCAUGAAAUAUCAAUGUUCCUUA